AUGCGUUCCCUUCUCUUCGGUGGCUUAGUUGCUUUGAGCUCCACGCUGGGCGUGGCUGCUGCAGGCUACAACUCUUCUGCCUACAAUGACCCGACCACAGGAAUCGACUUCCAGCGAUGGUGCGAUGAACCCACCGGGUUCUGCUUCGGCCUAGCUCUCCCAGAGACUGUCGGUACGGACUUUGUGGGUCAAAUUGUCGUGCCACUGGACAGCUCGAAUGGAUGGGGUGGUGUAAGUCUGGGUGGUUCGAUGACCUCAACCCUCAUGAUCGCGGCCUGGCCCAGCGGCAACUCGGUGGUCUCCAGCUUGCGCAAGACAACCGACUACACUAACCCUGAUGUCUUCAGUGGGGAUGCCAGCCUCGUUGAGAUCCCUGCUGGCACAUCUGUGAGUAGCACGAAGCUCACGUAUACUUUCCUGUGCAAAGGCUGUAUUCUAGGAAACCCAGCCACAUUCGGUGCCGCUGACGAGACGUUUUUCCUGGGAUGGGCCCUUGCUAAGACUAGCCCCAAGACUCCUGCGUCUCCCUCCUCCGUCUUGACCUAUCACUCUGCCGGAUUUGGUAGUUUCGAGAUGCUUCUCGGCCGAGCCAAGUCUUCUAAGUAUGCCACCUGGGCCGCCAUGGCUAAGCCAGCAGAGGGCACGCCAACCGGCACUCCAUCCGCUACGACACCGGCCCCUUCUCGCACACCUGCUCCCAGCACGGUCCCGACCAUCUCUAACGGAACAUACGAUUAUAUUGUUGUCGGUGGUGGUGCGGCCGGCAUUAUCGCCGCCCAACGGCUGGCCGAGACCAACAAGCGUGUCCUGCUGAUCGAGCGGGGUUCCGCUCCUACGGUCGAGAUGGGCGCAACUAACGCCCUCACUUGGAACAAGACCCUGACCCCAUUUGAUGUCCCGGCUGUCAACCAGGCCUUGUCCAAGCUCGGUGUCAUCGGCGAUUACCUGUGCCCUGACACCCCGGGUAUGGCUGGUUGUGUGCUUGGUGGAGGUACUAUCGUUAAUGCUAUGGCCUACAUCUAUCCCCAGGCUGCUGAUUUCGAUGACAAAUGGCCUGUGGGAUGGAAGUGGCAAGAUGUAGAAUCCGCUGCCGCUCGUCUCUAUGAGAGGAACCCUGGUAGUCUUCUCCCGUCCGCUGACGGUCGCCGCUACGAUCAGGGAAUGUACACCGUCUUGUCAUCCUUCCUGAGCGGACUCGGAUGGAAGUCCGUGGACCAGCAGAAGCAGCCCAACGAGAAGCACAAGGCUUUCAGCCACCCGUCCUGGUCGGUCGCCAACGGCAUUCGAGCUGGCCCCGUACGGUCUUAUCUUCCCCUCGUCAGUGGCCGGGACAACUUCACCCUCCGUCUGCAGACCAAGGUCCGCCGCGUCAUCCGCACUGGCGGCAAGGUCGCUGGAGUGGAACUUGAGACCGCCUCGGGUGGCAUUGAGAUCGUUCGAGUCCGUGCUGGCGGAAAGGUUAUCCUUGCCGCCGGUGCUCUGUCCACACCUCGCAUUCUGUUCAAUUCAGGUAUUGGACCCGCCAACCAGAUCAAGACUGUUCAGAGUGGCAGCAGUGGCGUUAAGCCCCCACCUUCGAAUGACUGGAUCAAUCUCCCUGUCGGACAGAACUUCAAAGACCAUCCCAUGUUCACCGUGGAGGUCCAGACGGGCGCCAACUUCACAUCCUUGAACACCUCCAGCGUCAUCCCUGGCACUAACUCGCUCGCGCGGAGACUCUACGCCGCUGGCUCCGGCAUCUGGACGCAGGGGGCCCAUCGGCUGCAGUUCUGGACCUCGAACGUGGGCAGCGACGGCGUUACCCGCUACUACCAGGGUUCUUGCAGCCCCGCCGGCAACGGCAUCAUUUCGAUGAAGGUGUACCUGACGCACGGUGCCACCUCUUCGGGUGUCCUCGGCAUCAAUGCGGCCGGAGCGACGACCAUCGAAUCCGAGCCCUGGCUUAAGACCGACGCGGACAAGGAGGCCCUUACUCAAUUCUUCCAGGAGCUCAUCGAUGACCUGAAGAAAUCUUCCUACACCGUUUUGAAAUCCACCUCUGCCGCCGACAUCCUCGCCAGCAUGACCAGCGGCGCCCACUAUGUUGGCACCGCCAAGAUGGGCCCCGACGACGGCCGUCGCAACGGUACGUCGGUCGUCGACACCAACGCGAAGGUCUACGGUACCGACAACCUGUUCGUUGUCGACGCCAGUAUCCACCCCGACCUGCCCACUGGUAACGCCCAAGCCAUCGUCAUGAUCGCCGCUGAGGCCGCUGUCGCGAGAAUCAUCGCGCUGGGCCAGGCUGGCGGCGCUUCAUCCAGCAUUCCUGUCUCGUCGAGCAUUCCUAUCUCCUCCCCGGCCCAGCAAACGGCCAUUGCCACCUCCACCAUGGUUGGCACCGGGCCUACUGGCGUUCAAAGCACCACUAUCGUGACCCCAACUGGCAAGAGAUGCCGAAAUAAGAAGAGACGGAUUUCUUCUCUGUGA